UUUUUUCCCACAUUGAAACAUUAGCCAUACAGGGAGGCUGUACAAAGCACUGGUAGGUGGAUCCUAAAUAACUUGUCAAAAAUGAGAUUAAAAUGCAGGCUUCAGCUGUUGAGGCCUUGAAAUGGGCUCAUUUGCAUUGAGGGUGUGUAUUUGAAAGGAUAGAAAGCCAGGGAGAGAGGAUCAGACCAAUGAGAAGGAUUCACAGGGCAGAGACAGAUAGACGGACUCAGACUGUGAAAGGGCAAAGUAGAAGGAAAUCCAUUAAGAGGAGUGUUCAUCGAGGCAGGCAGCUACAGACGGCAGAAAACCACCUUUACUAGAUUUGAGGAAAAGAAAAUUUAGUGCCCUACAUGGAGUGUGAAUCUGGCACUUAGUAAGAUAUGAGGAAUGAAAGACAGACAUAUCAGAGUAAAUUGCUGACCAGCGAAGAGAGGAAACUAAAAUAAUAUAGUAUUUAAAGAACAACUAUAUUUAUUUUUAGGCCUGCAGUCUAACUGAAACAUUUGAACUGAAAUCAUUUCUGAGCAAACGAUAAGGCAGUAGUAAGAAACUGGUCACAUCGAGAAUCCAGAAAGCAACUGACCCUAAGUUUAUUUGACAGGCAGACAAUAGCAUAGACAAGAAAAUGAACUCCGCUGUAGAAGCACUGGGAUUACUGCUGGGGGUUAUCGCUUCUUUCUUACUUGGGAUUUCUCUUGGAAAUUCAUCCUGGAGAGUAUCAACUGUGCACAAUAGCGUCAUUACCACAAGCACGAUCUACGAGAACCUGUGGAUGAGCUGCGCAACUGACUCUGCAGGUGGCUUUAACUGCUGGAUGUUCCCAUCGCUGUUAGCACUGUCAGGUUACAUCCAGGCCUGUCGUGCUCUUAUGAUCGCAGCGAUCGUAAUGGGAGUGCUUGGAUCCAUUGCUGCACUCAUCGGGCUGCAGUGCACGAAAGUAGGCGGAGACAAUUACACCGUAAAAGGAAGGAUUGCGGGAGUAGGCGGAGUUUUAUACAUACUUGGAGGCCUCUGUGCAAUGGUAGCAAUUUCUUGGUAUGCCUUCAACAUUACAAGGGAAUUCUUUGAUCCUUUAUACCCAGGGAUAAAGUAUGAAAUCGGCCCUGCACUGUAUAUCGGAUGGUGUGCUGGCACAAUGGCCAUUUUUGGAGGACUGUGUCUUGUUUGCUCUUGUAAACUGGGAUCAUCUGACAAGUACCCGAGUUAUUCAUAUGGAUACCAUCCUCCAAAGUCCACUGCAUUAUCUGCUAAGGCUUCUCAGCCAGAGAAGACCAACGCUGAUGGCUCCUUCUAUGGAAAAAAUGCUUAUGUGUGAAAGAAGACUGCAGCACAGAUUUUGCUCUUAAAUUGCUGCCAACUUGAGAUUCAUGUGUGACAGAAUCCAGCUAAAAACUCCAAGUUAAAACUGAAACUAACAGGCAUUUUUAUAUGUUUAGUAUGCUUUGAGUAGGUGCAUGAUUAUUUAAAAAAACGUCUUCACAUUAUAUAAGUCUGUACAACAGAGAACUAGAAUUUUAUCAUUUCAGAAUAUGGCCAGUGAAAAAUGACCCAUCACUUGCCUUCUGCUAAAAACUUGUUCCUUCUCAUCCACCAUUGACUGCUCUGUGAGUUAUGUAUAGGGAUGUGGAACUUGUGAAAGGCCCAUAGUAACUGGAAUUUAGAAGCUACCAUAAUGAACAUAUUGCCAAGACUGGGUUUGCCUUUAUCAACUGCCAUGGUCAGCACCCAAUUUGGGACUAAAUCCACCCCAAGCACAGAAAUGACACAUCCAUGCAACCUAACUGAUGGAGCUGAUUCCACAUGCACAAGUGAUAUCUUUGUAAUCUGCCAUGCUUUCCCUUCAGCAGGAGCAGAUAUUGUACACUUUUACAUGGUUCCCCCAUUUUAAAUUUGAUGAUCACAUUACAGAACUGUAACUGAGAUUGGUUUCAGGUCGUCCCUUACUUGGGAUUGAAAAUGGCUGCUGCACUCAAACUACAGAGCAGAUGUAUAAGCAGUCACACAGGCCUGUUUAUCUAAACUCAUCUGUAAACCAGGCAAUGAGCAACGUAGUUGUCGUUGGGAGAUAAACUGCCAUUGGGAUACACUGGGCACCAGUGAGAUAAAUGACCAGUAGGUACAGAAUCUCCAGUAAAUCUGUUCUGUCCCAUCAUAUGUAUGCCUGAAUUAGUCCAACUUGCAGUACAGGGAAGUGUUCAAAAUCAUGCUUUGAAUAUAUUUUGUAUUUAAUGUCAAAGUGGGUCAUUAUUACCUGAUGCUCAUUGGUGCAGCGCAUACUUGUUGUGCAUAUGUCACCAUGAAAGCAACCUACUGAGAAAAAAGAAAUAUUGUUUAACAACAAUUUAUAUCUGCAUCAGAAACAUUAUUGACAUAUGUUUUACAAAAACAUUUUAAUUGAAAUGAGAAAUAAGACGUAAAAAGACAACAUAAUGGAAAUGCUGUUUUCUAAUUACACUAUGUGAUAUGUGAAAUUAAAUCCCUUUGGGCAAUUGGAAGACUUCAGAAGGGAAAAAAAGUUUUAUGUAUUUUUAAACUGAGGAAAACAUCUCAGCACCCAGUAUGGCACUAACUGAUUUUAAAUAAACUGUAAAAGCUUGAAUUUUAAGGUGUAAAAUGCUUUACUUUUAUGUCUCGCACUGUGCAACCUUAAAUUAUUCUGUACAUGUAUAAAUUAUUUUUGCUAUUAAAACUGAUUUUAUGUUUUU